UCUGGUUUCCCGGAGCUCCCAGUGCUGGCUCUGGCGCUAUGGGUACCUGGCGCGCCACGCUCCCGGCCCAGCCGGGCUGAGCCUUGCGUCCCCUGUCCCCUGCCUCUGGGGCCUAGGACCCUGUCCUUCUUUCCCUUGGAUGCACCCCCACCCAAGAGUCUGGACACCCAGGGUUCUGCACUGUGGCUGGCUCGAGGAGCCAUCUGGUGACAGCCUCUGGCGGAGCAUGGCCCUCCUCGCCCCGGGCCUAGACCCCCGCAGCCCCCGGGGCCUCCCCUUCUUCUGGCUGCCCCUGCUGCCACUGCUGCUGACGGCGGGGGGCAGGGGGCAGGGGCCCCUGCCCAGGGUCAUAUACCAGGCAGGGGACGGACGCAGGGUCCUCAGCCUCUUCCACCAGAAGGGCCUCCAGGAUUUCGACACUCUGCUCUUGAGCGAUGACGGAGGCACUCUCUAUGUGGGGGCUCGAGAGGCCAUUCUGGCCUUGAACAUCCAGGACCCAGGGAUUCCAAGGCUGAAGAACAUGAUACCCUGGCCGGCCAGUGAGCGAAAAAAGAGCGAAUGCGCCUUUAAGAGGAAGAGCAACGAGACUCAGUGCUUCAACUUUAUCCGUGUCCUGGUCUCUCUCAAUGCCACCCACCUGUACGCGUGCGGCACCUUCGCCUUCAGCCCUGCUUGUACCUUCAUUGAACUCCAAGAUUCCUACCUGAUGCCCAUCUCCGAGGACAAGGUCGUGGAGGGGAAAGGCCAAAGCCCCUUCGACCCCGCCCAUAAGCACACGGCGGUCUUAGCAGAUGGGAUGCUCUAUUCUGGCACCAUGAACAACUUCCUGGGCAGCGAGCCCAUCUUGAUCCGCACGCUGGGACCCCAGCCCGUCCUCAAGACCGACAAUUUUCUCCGCUGGCUGCAGCCGGACGCCUCCUUCGUGGCAGCCAUCCCCUCGACCCAGUUCGUCUACUUCUUCUUCGAGGAGACAGCCAGCGAGUUCGAGUUCUUCGAGAAGCUCCACACCUCCCGCGUGGCCAGAGUCUGCAAGAACGACGUGGGCGGAGACAAGCUGCUGCAGAAGAAGUGGACCACGUUCCUGAAGGCGCAGCUGCUGUGCGCGCAGCCGGGGCAGCUGCCCUUCAAUGUCAUCCGCCACGCCGUGCUGCUGCCCGCCACGGCCUCCGCAGACGCCCGCGUCUACGCCGCCUUCAGCUCCCAGUGGCAGGUCGGUGGGACCAGGAGCUCUGCUGUCUGUGCCUUCUCUCUCAAGGACUUCAAGCGUGUCUUUGAGGGGAAGUACAAGGAGCUGAACAAAGAGACUUCUCGCUGGACAACUUAAGGGGUUCCCGAGAUCAGUCCCCGGCCAGGCAGCUGCUCCGUGGGCCCCUCCUCUGAUAAAGCCUUGACCUUCAUGAAGGACCACUUCCUGAUGGAUGAGCAGGUGGUGGGGACGCCCGUGCUGGUGAAGUCUGGCGUGGAGUACACGCGACUCGCGGUGGAGACAGUCCAGGGCGUCGACGGGCACAGCCACCUGGUCCUGUACCUGGGCACCACCACGGGGUCCCUGCACAAGGCCGUGAGGAGUGGGGACUACGCUGCGCAUCUGGCGGAGCAGAUCCAGGUGUUCCCGGAGCCGGAGCCUGUCCGCAACCUGCUGCUGGCCCCCGAGCAGGGCGCAGUGUUUGCAGGCUCCUCAAGGGGCAUCUGGCGGGUCCCCCGAGCCAACUGUAGCGUCUACGAGAGCUGCGUGGACUGUGUCCUCGCCCGGGACCCGCACUGCGCCUGGGAUCCGGAGUCCCGGGCCUGCCGCCUCCUGCCCACCCCCAUCCCGAAGUCCUGGAGGCAGGACCUGGAGCACGGGAACCCGCAGGUCGCCUGUGCCACUGGCCCCGUGGGCAGGAGCCGCCAGCCUCAGAGCCGCCCCGAGAUCAUUAAGGAAGUCCUGGCUGCGCCCAACUCCAUCGUGGAGCUCCCCUGCCCCCACCUCUCGGCGCUGGCGUCUUACGGCUGGACUCGCGGCAAAGCCAAAGCGGCCGUCGCGGAGGCGUCCACGGCCGUGUACGCCGGCGCCCUGCUGCUGCUGCUGCGGGACGGGGCGGGCGGCCUGUACCAGUGCUGGGCCACGGAGAACGGCUUCUCCCACCCCGUGGCCUCCUACUGGGUGCACAGCCAGGAUCGGCCCCUGGCCCUGGACCCCGAACUGGCGGGCAUCCCCCGGGAGCGUGUGGAGGCCCCGCUGACCAGGGUCGGUGGCGGGGCCGCCCCGGCCGCCCAGCGGUCCUACUGGCCGCACUUCGUCACGGUCACUGUGCUGCUGGCCCUGGUGCUGUGCGGGGCCCUCCUGCUCCUCCUCGCCUCCCCGCUGGGGGCGCUCCGAGCCCGGGGCAAGGUGCAGGGCUGUGGGACCCUGCCUCCCGGGGAGAAGGCCCCCCUGAGCAGGAAGCAGCACCCCCAACCUCUCAAGGACCGCAGGACCUCGGCCGGCGACGUGGAUGCCGACAACAACCACCUGGGCCCCGAGGUGGCUUAAACUGAGGGCAAGGCUGGGAUGUGCAGCCCUGCUGGGGGCGGGGGGGACCACGGAAGACCACUUUUCCUGCCACUCUGUGCCACCAGGAGCCCCCAGCGGGGCUGGACGCAGCGGCCGGGACCCCUGCGGGCCUUCCUCCCACCGCGCACACGGGCUCCCUGACAGGCGUCCCAGACCUGCACCAAAUAAGAGCUCAUAGAACAGAGUCUUCAGCUUGGCUGUUCCAGGACCUUCUGGGAGCGGGGGUGGUGGUGGGGAGGGUGUCCAGGGCCCUGCGGUAGUAAACACCAACAUACAAACAGGACAGCACGUGGCUGGUAGCAGCUGCCACCUCCCCUGGGACCCAGCCAGCGCCCCGCCCUCCCCCACCCGUGCACCGCUGAGUCCCGGGAAGUCUGACCACCUCCCUUCCUGCUUCAGUCGGGGGAGCCUGUGAUCCCGCUGGCCUGGCUGGAGUAACAGGGGUCACAUGAGCCUCGUUCACCCCUUUCCUCCGUGACCCCUUGCUCUCUCUCCUCUCUCCUCUCCUUUAUUUUGGGAUUCAGAAAACUGCUUGUCACAGACAGUUUAUUUUUUAUUAAAAAAAAAACAAAGCUUA